CCAGCUCUAGGAGCCGGAGUUCCUGGCGGCUUGUGGCUGCCAAACUGCCAGCCCGACCCUCCCGGACCGGGAGGCCGCUUCUCAUAGCCCCGGCGUGGGAUCCAGCGGGACGGGCUGUCCGCUCUGCGUCUCCUCCCUGAUGUCAACCUGGUGCUGAUAAUUGAACCUGUGAAUGCCUUGUUAAUUACAUCUGCGAAAAGGUGAUCGAUGCGUUUCAUUUGUAAGAAAAAAGCCAAAUUAGCUUGAUGCUGUUAGAAGCAAUCUUCAGAAAAUAGAGAAACUAAAAGUAAUGAGAUAAUUGCUACUAACACUAGUAACCCAAAGAAGAGCAUGCGAGUCAUUGAGAACAAACCAAGCAAUCCUCAGUCAACAGCUGAAAAUCCAGAUGAUGAUGGGAGUGUAGAGGAAGACAAGCAAGAGAAGGAAAAUAAGAAGGUUACAAAAACAGUGUGCCACGCGACUACACAAGAAAUGGAACAGGAAACUCCUGAGAAGAAGGUGGAUUAUGUACAUCAAAAAGUACGGAUGUUGUCACAGCCCGGUUUUGCUCAUCAGAAAAGUGAGAAGGUAAAUGAAGGAAAUAAUUUAGAUGAGGAAGAACUGAAGCAAGUAUACCAGCUCCAGGUAGCUGAAGAAAUGGCAAAGGAGAUUAAGAAGAAAAUAAGAAAGAAACUCAAAGAACAGUUGACUUACUUUCCCUCAGAUACUUACUUGCAUGACAAAUUGACUGUUGAAAAAAGAAAAAAGAAGAAAAAGAAAGCUCCAAUCCUGUCCAAUGCUAAAACAAGUACAUUGCUCUUUGGUGACACAGUUGAAGGUGAACCAAAGAAGGAAAGUCUAGUUGGACCAGUUACUUCAGAUAAUCAUCAACAUGAUGAAAUAACCACUGUGGCACAAAACGUGGAAGACAGCAUGCAAGAUGACGUAAAAUCCAAACCAAAAAAAAAGAAAAAGAAGCCUAAAGCAGGGGUCUUCUGCCAGGGGCCACACUUGGAUUCUCAGCCUCUAGCUACACCCAGAAUUGUUUCAGAUGAUAAUGAAGACACUGAGGGUGAUGAUGGUGUUCAUGAAAUAACAAAUCGAGAUAGUCCAGUUUAUCCCAAAUGUUUGCUUGAUGAUGACCUUGUCCUGGGAGUUUACAUUCACCGAACUGAUCGACUUAAGUCAGAUUUUAUGAUUUCUCACCCAAUGGUAAAAAUUCACGUGGUUGAUGAGAUUACUGGUCAAUAUGUCAAGAAACAAAAUAGUAAACGGCCUGUUUCAUCUUACUUUGAAAAAGACAAUGUGGAUUAUAUUCUUCCUAUUAUGACCCAGCCAUAUGAUUUUAAACAGUUAAAAUCAAGGCUUCCAGAGUGGGAAGAACAAAUUAUAUUUAAUGAAAACUUUUCCUAUUUACUUCGAGAUGUUGAUGAGAGCCCUAAAGUCAUCCUGUUCUUUGAGAUUCUUGAUUUCUUAAGCCUGGAUGAAAUUAGGAAUAACUCUGAAAUUCAAAACCAAGAGUGUGGCUUUCGGAAAAUUGCCUGGGCGUUUCUCAAGCUUCUAGGAGCCAAUGGAAAUGUAAACAUCAAUUCAAAGCUUCGCUUGCAGCUAUAUUACCCACCUACUAAGCCUCGAUCCCGUGUAAAUGUCAUUGAGGUUUUUGAAUGGUGGUCAAAAUGUCCAAGAAAUCGUUAUCCAUCAACAUUGUAUGUGACUGUAAGAGGGUUGAAAGUCCCAGAAUGUAUAAAGCCAUCUUACCGUACUGUUAUGGCUCUUCAAGAGGAAAAAGGUAAACCAGAGUGUUGUGAACACCACCAGGAGUCAAGUUCAUUAGACACAGAACCUGGAUUAGAAGACUCAAAGGAAGUAGUAAAGUGGAAACGACUGCCUGGGCAGGCUUGCCGUAUCCCAAACAAGCACCUAUUCUCACUAAAUGCAGGAGAACGAGGAUGUUUUUGUCUUUCUUUCUCUCACAAUGGAAGAAUAUUAGCAGCAGCCUGUGCCAGCCGAGAUGGCUAUCCAAUUAUUUUGUACGAAAUUCCUUCUGGACGUUUCAUGAGAGAAUUGUGUGGGCACCUCAAUAUCAUUUAUGACCUUUGCUGGUCAAAAGAUGAUCGCUAUAUCCUUACUGCAUCAUCUGAUGGCACUGCCAGGAUAUGGAGAAAUGAAAUAAACAAUACAAAUGCUUUCAGAGUCUUACCUCAUCCUUGUUUUGUUUACACGGCUAAAUUCCAUCCAGCUGUGAAGGAGCUCGUGGUUACAGGGUGCUAUGAUUCCAUGAUACGGGUAUGGCACGUUGAUAUGAAAGAGGAUCCUGCCAUGUUGAUCCGACAGUUGGACACUCACAAGAGUUUCAUCAACUCUCUCUGUUUUGAUAUUGAAGGUCAUCAUAUGUAUUCGGGAGACUGCAUGGGGGUGAUUGUUGUUUGGAAUACCUAUGUCAAAGUUAGUGAUGUGCAGCAUUCGGUGCGCCACUGGAGUGUAAAUAAGGAAAUUAAAGAGAGUGAGUUUAAGGGUAUUCCAGUAAGUUACUUGGAGGUUCAUCCCAAUGGAAAACGUUUGUUAAUCCAUACUAAAGACAGUACUUUGAGAAUUAUGGAUCUUCGAAUAUUAGCAGCAAGGAAAUUUGUAGGGGCAGCAAAUUAUCGGGAGAAGAUUCAUAGUACUUUGACACCGUGUGGGACUUUUCUCUUUGCUGGAAGUGAGGAUGGUGCAGCGUAUGUUUGGAACCCAGAGACGGGAGAACAAGUAGCAAUGUAUUCUGACUUGCCAUUCAAGUCACCCAUUCGAGACAUUUCUUAUCAUCCACUUGAAAAUAUGGUUGCAUUUUGUGCAUUUGGACAGAAUGAACCAAUUCUUCUGUAUAUUUAUGAUUUCCAUGUUGCCCAGCAGGAAGCUGAAAUGUUCAAACGCUACAAUGGAACCUUUCCCUUCCCUGGAAUACACCAAAGUCAAGAUGCUUUAUGCACCUGUCCUAAACUGCCUCAGCAAGGCUCUUUUCAGAUUGAUGACUAUGUCCGCACUGAAGACUCUUCAAUGAAGAUGCAGCAAGUGAAACAAAGACUCGAUUCCGUCACAGAGGUAAUACGAGCCUGUGCUGCAAAGGUCAACAAAAAUCUCUCCUUUACUUCAACGUCAGUCUCCUCACAACUGACUAAGUUAAAACAGUCAAACAUGCUGGACACUCCUCAGAUUCUGCGUCCGUUUGGUUUCGCUCAGACUGGAAUUAUCAGCGUAGAAAGAAUGCCUUGUAACCAUCAUGUAGAAACAGCACCAAUGGUAGUGGCUCUUUAUGACUACACAGCGAAUCGAUCAGAUGAACUAACCAUCCAUCGUGGAGACAUUAUCCGAGUGUUUUUCAAAGAUAAUGAAGACUGGUGGUAUGGCAGCAUAGGAAAGGGACAGGAAGGUUAUUUUCCAGCUAAUCAUGUGGCUAGUGAAACACUGUAUCGGGAACUGCCUCCAGAGGUGAAGGAGCGAUCCCCUCCUCUAACCCCCAAGGAAAAAACCACAAUGGAAAAACUUUCUUCAUCUUCUCAGAAGCAGUCAGUCAACAAGUACAAGUGUCCAGAUGUCAGAUGGGGCUCGGGGUCUGUAGCACAAUCAAAGCCUAGCCCGAGCGGGUGCGGCAGCCUUCCUACUGGCUCCUGGGCUCCGGUCUGUCCCUCCUGUAGCUCCCUGCGGGGCAGAGAGCAGAGCCGUGAGGACCGAGCACAUGGAAUGGAUAUGCAGGUGAAGAAGAAUGAGCAAACCAGCCGAAAAGUCACCCUCAUAGAGUAAAGAGUUGAAGAAAAAUGAAGAGUCAGAGAAGCAAAUACACAGAAAUAAAAUAACAAAGCAAAUGGAAUUUCUCUUCGGAGUUCAGAAUUUACAGAAACUAAAGAAGAAAAGAAGGAUCCACUAUUUUUGUCCUCAUAAAAGAAUCUAGAAAAAUCAGAAGCAAGGGAUGCUUGGAAAAAUAACUGUGGCAAAAUAAAUGUGACCUUUUGAGCUUAAUUGUUAUGAACCAUUGUGAUUAUUGUUGAUCAAAGUAUCAGUACUUGCGUUGAUUAAUAAUUGCUUCAAAAUUAUGUAACCAAUGUUCAAAACCAGUAAAGUAAAAACCAUAAUUUCUACUCAGCAAAUGUGAAGAAAAAGUGGUUGCGUUGUUAGGAAGUUCAUUGGGUAAUUAUUUAAUAUUAUUAUAUCUUUAAUGUGGUUAUAUGUGUUGUGUUAUGCUCAAAAUAUUAAGUAUCUGCUUUUGAAAUUUAACUUUAUUUAAAAAUAUAAGCAGUUUCAGAAUAUUGUGUAUUCAAAAUGGUUCCAGUAAAAAAGGCAUUAAAAGGGAACAAAUUUUUGUUUUAAUGAACCAUAUAUGUAACUUGAUAUAUAUAAACUAAAAUGUCUUUUGGCUCGACUGGCAAUAGUGUUUCAAAUUUCUUUUGAAAAACACUUCAUAUUUAAGCAUAUAAGUGAUUUCUAGGCUAACAUUGUUUAAUAUGUAUUUUAGUCUUGGUAUUUGUUUUUAAAUUAUUACAUUGCAUUAUUUAUUUUUUUAGUUGCAGAGUAACAGUUGUCAUUACUGUAUUGCUGUAUAUUUUGAAGUGUGAUGUUCUCAUAGGCAAGUGUUGUUUUUCUUGACUCCUCCUUUCUCAGCUAUGUGAUUGGAAGUCUACCAAUGAAAUAUUUAACCCCAGAAAGGUCAAAACUAAUAUAAAAUUAGAAAAGUUAUUUACCAAAUCAGACAAUUGAUUCCAUUAAAAUAAGAAGUGAGAAAACAGUGUCGGGCACUGGGGUGUAACUUUUGUCCAGAUGUAUACCCGACGUGAAAGAUCUUCUAGUAAAAACAGAUUUGGCUCUCGUCCCUGCACAUGUCGUGGGGGCAUGAACGUUGGUAAACAGGCCCCUGCUGGGCAGCACUCAAGGGAGGGGGCGUUUCUGAAAGUGGCGAGUGGCACCGAGGACUGCUGAAGCCCAGUGGUGGGCACAGAAGUUCGAGUGGCACAGUCAUUGUUCCGGCGCGUGUCUGUGCUUCAGGUACAGCUGGCUGUCCGCUUGAGUCACCCUUGUACAAACUUGUUUCUUCGGUCUUGUGGCUGCCUUGCUAAUUCAGAAAUAAAAAUGU